AUGGCAACAAAUACUUCAUCAAAUGCAUCUAUGGCUGAUACUGAUUCUGUUUAUCGACGUCAGAGCAGCUCAACGAUUGUUUCACACCAAUAUUCAACGACUAAUGUAUCAACUAAUAAAUCGAACACAUCAGAUGGUGUCUUACAAACUGAUGAAGUCACACUUAAAAGACAUUUGGGUUUAUUCUCAGGUGUUAGUUUUAUUGUUGGGAUUAUUAUUGGUUCGGGUAUCUUUAUUUCACCUAAAGGUGUUUUACGUGAAACAGAAUCCGUUGGUUUAUGUUUGAUUAUUUGGGUUUCAUGUGGCCUAGUUUCUUUACUUGGAGCAUUAUGUUAUGCAGAAAUUGGUACAGUAAUACCAAGAAAUGGUGCAGAAAUAGCUUAUAUGAAAGAAGGUAUUGGUUCAGUUCAUGAACGUAUCGGUGAAAUAUUAGCUUAUCAAUUCUGCUGGACCAGUACACUUAUUCUUAAGCCAGCAAGUAUUGCAAUUCUUAUACUUACUUUUUCUCAAUACUUUUUAUCUGGUAUUAUGAUUGAUUGUGGUCCUUCACCUGAAGUUGUCAAAAUGACUGCUGUUUUUACAAUUCUAGCAACUAUUUUAACAGUCAUUAUUAUUGGUAUUAUACGACUUGGACAAGGACAUACACAAAAUUUACAAAAUAGUUUCGCUGGUACAACAACCAAACCUUUCAAAGUUGCACUUGCUUUUUAUUCGGGUCUAUGGGCAUAUGAUGGAUGGAAUAGUUUGAAUUCUGUAACAGAAGAACUGAAAAAUCCUAAAAGAAAUUUAUGGUUAUCUAUAGCAUUGGCAUUACCAUCAGUGAUUGUUCUUUAUCUUUUUACGAACAUAUCUUAUUUUACUGUAAUGAGCAAAGCAGCAUUACUUAGCUCAAAUGCUGUUGCAGUAACUUGGGGUGAAGCUGUAUUAGGACCUGCUGUACGUGCUCUACCUAUUCUUAUAUCAAUUAGUGCAUUGGGUGGUGGCAAUGGUAGUCUUUAUGCAGCUUCUCGUUACUGUUUAGUUGGCGCUCAAUAUGGAUAUUUACCUAAAAUAUUUUCCUGUAUUCAUAAAACAAGAUUGACACCAAUACCUACAGUUUUUCUUCAGGGUUCUAUUGCAAUACUAUUAUGUCUUCCAAGUAAUAUCGAAGCAUUGAUUGAUUUUUUCAGUUUUGCUGCAUGGAUAUUUUAUGGAUUAACAUUUUUAGCGACACUUAUUUGUAAAUAUACAAAAAAGAAUGCUGAUCGAGUGAUUAAUAUUCCAAUACCACUCGUUAUUAUAAUAAUUUUAAUUGCAGCUUAUUUGGUAAUUGGACCUGUCAUUGCACAGCCAGAUAUUGGAUUUCUUAUUGCUUCUGCUAUUAUUCUAUCUGGUUUACUAUUUUAUUAUCCAUUUGUUUAUCGUAAAAUAGAAUUAAAUAUCAUAAAACGACUCAAUACAUUUCUUAUGAAUUUUUUUCAACUACAAGUAGCACAAGUGAAUAUUUAA